UGGAGAUGAAGGACGACGCGGUAGUCCUCGCAGCAAGGCCGAGGCCUGAUGCAGCAGCAGCGGUCGUCGUCGUCACCUUGCGCCGCAUGAACAGCAGCGGCGACGGCAGGAUGAGCUACGCCGACAACUCCGGCUUCCAGCGGGCCAUCGCUUCCGUCACAAAGAAUGCCAGGCAGGAACUGGCGGCGGCGCUCUACCGCGCCCGCGGCCGACCGAGCUCCAUGGUCAUCGCCGAUCUGGGCUGCGCCACGGGGCCCAACGCGCUGCUCAUGGUGUUGGACGCUGUCGAGGCCGUGCUGGCGGUGGCGGAGGAGAGCCACCCCUCGCCGCCGCCCCAGCUGCACGUCUUCCUGAACGACCUCCCCGCCAACGAUUUCAACGCCGUCUUCCGACUGCUGCCAUCGUCGCCGCUCGCCGCUACCGGCUGCUGCUUCGUGUCGGCGUGGCCGGGCUCCUUCUACGAGCGCGUCUUCCCGGAGGCCAGCCUGGACUACGUCGUAUCCUCAAGCAGCCUGCACUUCCUGUCCAUGGCGCCGACGAUGAGGACGGAGCAUCCCAACCGGGGCCGCGUCUACGUCUCGGAGUCCGGCCCCGCGGCGGUGCUUGACGCCUACCGCUCCCAGUUCCACGCCGACUUCCUCGCCUUCCUCUCCUGCCGCGCCGACGAGAUGAGGCCCCGCGGCUUGCUCAUCCUCACCUUCGUCGCCAGGAGAACCGCCCGCCCCACCGCGCACGACUGCUACCUCUGGGACUUCCUCGCCGACGCCCUCAUGGACAUGGCCGCCGAUGGCCUCGUCGACGAGGAGCAGGUCCACGCCUUCAACGUGCCCUUCUACGGCCCCUGCCUCGACGACCUAGCCAAGGUCAUCGCCAGGGAAGGCUCCUUCACCGUCAGAACCAUGCAGCUCUUCGACAUCUCGCGCCGCUGCCUCCUCCUCCAGUCGGCGUCGGACGAUGACGACGACUUGCCGCAGUGGCUAGCCAUGGAGACGACAAGCACCGUUAGGGCGGUCGUGGAGCCCAUGCUGCGAGCGCACUUCGGCUUGGAAGCCAUGGACGGACUCUUCUGCAGGUACAGCCUCCGGCUAGAGGAGUACUACCGCAGCAACACCAGCAGAAACAAGGACGACCUCACCAACGUCUUCCUCGUCUUGGAGAAGAAACUGCACUAGCGCUAGUGCGCUACUCUAGCUAGCUAUGCCAUGGAGAUACAUCUACUGCUAGUGCUAGAUGCGUGCAUGACUCUUCGGAUAAACGUACGGAAUGGGACAUCCCUGGUCCCUUCCCAGUCCCCAGCUCCAGACCUCCAGUCUCCGUCGACAAUCCUCAUCAUGCAUCUGUUUUUUUUCUAGAAAGGAAAAAAUAUUAUGUCUACCUGUUUUCCGUCUACUAGUACUAGCUUGGAUCAAUUAUUCAAUUUCUUAAUUAGUACUUUGUCCUCCUAUUCGUCGGUCUGAUCUAUAAGGGGAUUGAAGGCGAAUAAAUACUCUCCU